GGGAAGUUGUGUUUAGGUUGUAUUCCAAUUUUUACAAAUCUCAAUGGGGUUCUCGGCCAUUUUUAUUGUACCUACUUUCGUUAUCCCGACACAAAAUGGUCACACUAAAACACCGGGUUAAAUAGCCCAACCAUAUGUCGCAUAGCGUAAGACUGAGUCGUAAAAGUCAGUUGGUUAGUUGUGUUUUCAGCUCCAUUCGCAAUCUAAAGAGGUGCCUAUUUUGAACUACUAAUCAAUCGGCGCCCGAGUCAUGCCGUGGAGCCGAAUGAGAAGGUGUUAGGAAUUUAGAUCCAUGUGAUGAGGAAAUAACAUGCCAGGAACGCGGCUUUGGGGGAAACCCUUAACUCCUACCGGCGCUGUACGACGUCCAUAACUCCGGUAUUAGGUACAUUAAACCGAGACUUCCAAAAUCAGAUGAUUUGAAAGCAAUGUUGGUAUCUCUGUAAUCUCAAUCGAGACAAAAUAAUAAUGCAACCCUCCUUUUCUUUCCUAUUACUUCACACACCUACCUAAUGACUUCGUUCUUACGAGUUCUCUUUAAAAGAGGACCUGCGUUAUCUCCGGGCAAGAUCUCAAUCAACAAAGCAUCGAUAGCUGUAACCACCGUGGGGUUAUCAAUGGCGGCCUAUUACAGCACAGUAGCGGUACGACCGUCGCAAGUCCCCGAAGCGCAAGAUUUCAAACCUCUAGCACACCACGUCAAAGAUCGUCAUGGAAAGACCGUCAGAUUCCAGAAUCCGUACCCGUCUUUCAAACCCCCUAAUCUCAGGGAGCUAGCAUUGACAAUGAUGAGUAAAUACCUGGGAUUACUGAAAUGGCCUGAACCAAAACUGGAGGAGAAAAUUGUAUCUGUAGUGAAACCUGAGUUCUUGCCGACGCGCACGGCGUCUUCAAAACUCCGCGCCACUUGGCUGGGACAUGCUUGCUACUACGUGGAAUUCCCAUCCGGGCUGCGUGUGCUGUUCGAUCCCGUAUUUGAGGACUGCUGUGCUCCGUACAGAUUCCUUGGUUUUAUGCGGUAUACCGAAAAGCCUUGUGACAUCGCCGAUCUGCCUUUUGUUGAUGCGGUUGUGAUUAGCCAUAGUCAUUAUGAUCAUCUGUCGUACGAAUCUGUACAGGAAGUGCAGAAACAUCAUCCGAAUGCGCACUUUUUUGUGGGCUUGGGGCUUGAGAAGUGGUUCAAGGAGGGCGGGUUGAAGAAUGUGACAGAGAUGGAUUGGCGGCAGGAAGCGGAGUUCACGUUGACGCCACAAGCUGCUAAAGCAAGUAGGUCAGAGGUGCAAAGUGCGAGUAGUGCAGAGUCGUCAGAACCGAUUACUGCGACGAUUUCGUGUCUUCCCUGCCAACACGCCUCUGGUCGGAGUCCAUGGGAUCAAAAUCAAACACUAUGGGCGUCGUGGGCCGUAAGCUCAGGUUCGCCCGCGAAGUCCGUCUGGUUUGGCGGCGACACGGGAUACCGAUCUGUGCCGAAAGUAGCCAAGGGCGUUGAUGACCACGGAGCAGAAUUUCAGCACCUACCAGUGAGCCCAGUGUUCCGACAGAUUGGGCAGCGGUUCGGGAGGUUUGAUCUGGGACUCAUUCCCAUUGGGGCGUAUGCGCCACGCCAUAUGUUCUCUGGUGUGCAUGCAGAUCCGUUUGACUCCGUGGACAUCUUUCAGGAUAUAAAAUGCGAGAAGGCGAUGGCCAUUCAUUGGGGUACGUGGGUUAUGACACCAGAAGAACCAUUGGAACCACCCGUACUAUUAAAACAGGCGUUGAAGAAAAAGGGGUUACCAGAGACGGGGGUGUUUGAUAUUUGCGAUAUUGGUGAGUCGCGGGAAUUUUGAAAGCUUUGCUAUUUAUGCAUUAUUUACGUGGUGAGCGUUGGAGUUUUCGGAUUGAUAAUAUCCAUGAUAGACGGGUAUGAAUUGGUAGAAUUUUAGUCAUGAUCCACAUAUGUACAUGAAACCAGAUUUUAUCUCAUCUCUGUAUGGAAAUGACUGUUUUCGUGGUGUUUUAACCAGAUGGAAUCUUGUUUGAAUCUAAAUGUACCUGGAUACCUAGGUAUUUAAGACAAUGACCCCACUUAUCAC